UAACCCUAAUUAUUCUAUGGUCACAACACCAAUCACAUGCAGCGAUUCCUAUGAUCACCAAGACACACAAGAAAGCUGCAUCCGUAGCCAUAUAAUUGCUUGCGGUGGAGAUGCAGAUCACAAGGACAAAGGAGGUGAGCGUGGCCUGAGGAAAAAAGUAAAGAGGUUUUUUCAUAGCAAGGCUUCAUCAAACAGUUCGGGUGUUAAUUCAUCAGCAGUGGCCAUGGCCAGUUUUGAGACAUCUUGUCGAAGGAAGUUGAGGUCGGGGCCCUCUGUCGUGAUCCCGGCCGCCCCGGCUGCAGCAUGCGGAGGAUCGAACAAGCGUGCACUUCUUUGCGGGGUGACAUACAGUCAUCAGCAUAGAUACAUGCUCAAGGGCACCGCUAAUGAUGUGAGUAACAUGAAAAACUUGUUGACUAACACCUUUGGUUAUCCUGCCGAAUGCAUACGCAUACUUUCAGAAGAUGAUCCGGGUGCCCAAGAUUUGAUACCAACGAAGAAAAACAUAGAAAAUUCUUUGAAAUGGCUUGUGGAGGGCUGCAAAUGGGGAGAUUCCUUGGUAUUCUACUUCUCAGGGCAUGGCUUACGGCAGCCUGAUUUCCAGAACGAUGAGCUUGAUGGGUAUGAUGAGACUAUUUGCCCCGUUGAUUUCCUGAAAGAGGGCAUGAUCCUUGACAAUGAUAUCAACAAAACCAUUGUUUGGCCACUCAAGGAGGGUGUCAAACUCCAUGCUAUUGUUGAUGCUUGUCACAGUGGAACAAUUCUCGAUCUCGAACACGUGUACAACCGAAAACAGAGGACUUGGAUUAAUAAUCUUCCUCCAUCUGGUGCUAGAAAAAGUACAAGUGGUGGGCUGGCGAUUUCAAUCAGUGCUUGCGAAGAUGAUAAAAUGGCAGCAGAUACUACUGUUUUUACUAAAAAAGAAAUGAAUGGUGCUAUGACAUACAUUCUCACUAAAACUGUUAAGGAAAACCCUCAAAUAACAUAUGGGGGUUUGCUUGACACCAUGGCCAAUCACAUUGUAAAUAUUAACAGCGAAAGAUGGAUCAAGUCAAGGAUCAUAAGGAAAGUACUUCGACACAAAACCUUACAGGAACCUAUGCUGUCAUCUUCUGCAAAGUUUGAGGUUAACGACACGAAAUUUAUCUUGUAAUGAAGAUCUAUCAUUGCAACCACUGUUAACUAAUUUGCAAACGCAUCAAUUGUUUCUUAAUAUGUUUUUCUAUAUAAAUUACAUAGCUAGUUUGACUAAGGUGGAAAUAAUCUCAUGUACAGUUAGUUACAAAUUGAUAACGGCUGCACAAUCGUGUAAUUACGAGGGAACCAAAUUGAUCCAAGACAAUUUGCUUU